CCCCCCGCCCCUCGCCCGGGCGCCGGGGCUGGUGCAAUCCCGCCCGCCACUCCAGGAGCGGGAGGGGGGGCGGCGGUAAGGGGAGGGGGGUUGGCCUCGCCUCUCGCGAGAUCGUCUCCUAGGGGCUGCCGCUCCGGGCCUCUGAGUGGCGGCGCUUGCGCAGCCGCCAUGUUCGGUUGCUAUGCUGUGGCCUGGGAGACGGGGUGUGCUUAAGGGAGGAGGAGGAGGAGGAGACGGAGGAGGAGGAAGAGGAGGAGAAGGAGGCGGGGGCAGCGAGCACCUCUUGCACUCUCACAUACAAACGCUGCCUAGGAUUCGGCGCCCCCUCACGCCGCGCCGCGCGCUUUUCCGCUCCUCGCGGGCCGCCCCCCCCCCACAUUGUUCUCGCCGGACCCCUGGGUCCCCCUGACGCCGCCUUCGGGGCCUGAGCCCGGGAGAGGGGGAAAGAUCGGACUCGGAGCCGAAGGGUCGGGGGUUUGGGGCCAGGCCCCUCCGCCCCCCUCCUGCUAAUCCCCACAAGUCCCGGGGUGCCCCACCCCCACGGCACUUUUCGCGGGUGUGUGUGUGUGUGUGUGUGUGUGUGUGCGCGCGAGUGUGAGUGUGUGUGUGGAUUAUCUCAUCCCGGUAGGGAGGUGGGAGCGCGCGCGCCUCCCUCGCGUCUGUCUCCCGGCGGCGCCGCGCCGGCCCGCGCGCCCCGCAGUAUGAGGUGGUGCUGGCGGCUCGGGGCCGUGGCGCGGCCGCUGCGGCGGCGGCUGCUGAGUUGCUGCUGAAGGGAGCCCCCGGGAGCGGCGCGGCGCGGCGGACGCGCUUCGCCCCGGCGCGCCCGGGCCUCGAGGCUUCGCCUUCUCCAGCCGGGAGGACGCGGCUGUGAUACGAAGACCUUGUGUGGACAGUAAUGACCUCACGUUUCCGGUUGCCUGCUGGCAGAACCUACAAUGUACGAGCAUCAGAGUUGGCCCGAGACAGACAACAUACAGAGGUGGUUUGCAACAUUCUGCUCCUGGAUAAUAGUGUACAAGCUUUCAAAGUUAAUAAACAUGAACAAGGGCAAGUUCUGUUGGAUAUAGUCUUCAAGCACCUUGAUUUGACAGAACGAGACUAUUUUGGUUUACAGUUGGCUGAUGAUUCCACAGAUAACCCAAAGUGGCUGGAUGCAAACAAACCAAUAAGGAAACAGCUAAAGAGACUGCUUUUUUUAAUUCUAGGAGGAUCACCUUACAGUUUGAAUUUUAGAGUCAAAUUUUUUGUAAGUGACCCCAACAAGUUGCAAGAAGAAUAUACAAGGUACCAGUAUUUUUUGCAAAUAAAGCAAGACAUUCUUACCGGAAGAUUACCCUGUCCUUAUAAUACCGCUGCCCUUUUGGCUUCAUUUGCUGUUCAGUCUGAACUUGGAGACUACAUUCAGUCAGAGAACUUGCCAGGCUACCUCUCAGAUUAUUCUUUCAUUCCUAAUCAACCUCAAGAUUUUGAAAAAGAAAUUGCAAAAUUACAUCAGCAACAUACAGGCUUAUCUCCUGCAGAAGCUGAAUUUAAUUACCUGAACACAGCACGUACCUUAGAACUCUAUGGAGUUGAAUUCCACUAUGCAAGAGAUCAGAGUAACAAUGAAAUUAUGAUUGGAGUGAUGUCAGGAGGAAUUCUGAUUUAUAAGAACAGGGUACGAAUGAAUACCUUUCCAUGGUUGAAGAUUGUAAAAAUUUCUUUUAAGUGCAAGCAGUUUUUUAUUCAACUUAGAAAAGAAUUGCAUGAAUCUAGAGAAACAUUGUUGGGGUUUAAUAUGGUGAAUUACAGAGCAUGCAAAAAUCUGUGGAAAGCAUGUGUAGAACAUCACACAUUCUUUCGUUUGGACAGACCACUUCCACCUCAGAAGAAUUUUUUUGCACAUUAUUUUACAUUAGGUUCAAAGUUCAGGUACUGUGGGAGAACUGAAGUCCAGUCAGUUCAGUAUGGCAAAGAAAAAGCAAAUAAAGACAGGGUGUUUGCAAGAUCCCCUAGUAAGCCAUUGGCACGGAAAUUAAUGGAUUGGGAAGUAGUAAGCAGAAAUUCAAUAUCAGAUGACAGGUUAGAAACACAAAGCCUUCCAUCCCGAUCUCCCCCUGGAACUCCUAAUCAUCGAAAUUCUGCAUUCACCCAAGAGGGAACCCGCUUACGACCAUCUUCAGUCGGUCAUUUGGUAGACCAUGUGGUUCAUACUUCCCCGAGUGAAGUAUUUGUGAAUCACAGAUCUCCAUCCUCAACACAAGCUAAUAGCAUCAUUUUGGAAUCAUCGCCGUCACAAGAAACUCCAGAAGAUGGACAGCCUCCAGCUUUACCACCCAAACAAUCAAAGAAAAACAGUUGGAACCAAAUUCAUUGUUCACAUUCUCAGCAGGAUCUAGAAAACCAUAUUAAUGAAACAUUUGAUGUCCCAUCUUCCCCUGAAAAGUCUACUCCUAAUGGUGGUAUUCCACAUGAUAAUCUUGUUCUGAUCAGAAUGAAGCCUGAUGAAAAUGGAAGGUUUGGAUUCAAUGUAAAGGGGGGAUAUGAUCAGAAGAUGCCUGUGAUUGUCUCCCGAGUAGCACCAGGAACACCUGCUGACCUCUGUGUCCCUCGAUUGAAUGAAGGGGACCAAGUUGUACUGAUCAAUGGUCGGGACAUUACAGAACAUACUCAUGAUCAAGUGGUUCUGUUUAUUAAAGCUAGCUGUGAGCGACAUUCUGGGGAACUUGUGCUUCUAGUCCGGCCGAAUGCUGUUUAUGAUGUAGUGGAAGAAAAGCUAGAAAAUGAGCCAGACUUCCAGUACAUUCCUGAGAAAGCUCCACUAGAUAACACUCAUCAGGAUGAUCAUUCCCUUCGGGAAUCAAUGAUUCAGCUAGCCGAGGGGCUUAUCACUGGAACAGUCCUGACGCAAUUUGAUCAACUGUAUCGCAAAAAACCUGGAAUGACAAUGUCUUGUGCCAAAUUACCUCAGAACAUUUCCAAAAAUAGAUACAGAGAUAUUUCGCCUUAUGAUGCUACACGGGUUAUUUUAAAGGGUAAUGAAGACUAUAUCAAUGCAAAUUAUAUAAAUAUGGAAAUCCCUUCUUCCAGCAUUAUAAAUCAAUACAUUGCAUGUCAAGGGCCAUUACCGCACACCUGCACAGAUUUUUGGCAGAUGACUUGGGAGCAAGGCUCUUCCAUGGUUGUUAUGUUGACCACACAAGUUGAACGUGGCAGGGUUAAAUGUCACCAGUAUUGGCCAGAGCCCACAGGAAGUUCAUCCUAUGGAUGCUACCAAGUCACCUGCCACUCAGAAGAGGGAAACACUGCAUAUAUCUUCAGGAAGAUGACACUAUUUAACCAAGAGAAAAAUGAGAGUCGCCAACUCACUCAGAUUCAGUACAUAGCCUGGCCUGACCAUGGAGUUCCAGAUGAUUCUAGUGACUUUCUGGAUUUUGUCUGUCAUGUGCGAAAUAAAAGGGCUGGCAAGGAAGAACCUAUUGUUGUUCAUUGCAGUGCCGGGAUUGGAAGAACUGGGGUGCUCAUUACUAUGGAAACAGCCAUGUGUCUCAUUGAAUGCAAUCAACCCGUUUAUCCACUGGACAUUGUAAGAACAAUGAGAGAUCAACGAGCCAUGAUGAUUCAAACACCUAGCCAAUACAGAUUUGUAUGUGAAGCUAUUUUGAAAGUUUAUGAAGAAGGAUUUGUUAAACCCUUAACAUCAUCAAACAAAUAAGAAUGCGAAAGGUCUGGAAUAUGAAUUGGGAAACUGCUUUCCUUCAUAUUCAACUUGCCAUAAUACUGCUUGCAGGAAAUGGCAUCUUAACAAAAAGAACUCACAGAAACUGAAAACUUCAGCACUGUUGCACUUUAUGUUUUAAAAAAUAUCACUCUCUUAAAAUCUAUAACUCAUUGUUUGAAUACUAUUUCAUGCUUUGCUCCGAACAAAUAGUGAAUAACUGUGUAUGUUCAGGGUAAUUUAUGAAAUUUUGUGGUGGUGCCAUUCAGUUCCCUUCUCAUAGAAUUGCCACAAACAAGGCUCAGAAUUCUCAUCAUCUCUGAUAUACACCUGUAUCUUGAAAGCAAAAAGAAGUAAACAUCAGGAGUCAGCUCUGGUAUUUUCCAGUGAUUUAUGUACUUACGAUACUGAUUACCAGAUUUUAUUUUUAAAACGUUAGCAAUAUUAUUCUCAAUAUUAGCCAAUACACUGCCUAUGGAUGCAGCACAUCUUUCCCUAUACUCCUCCUAUAGAGACCUGCUGUUCGUGAGAAGAAAGGUGAAAUUUGCUUUUCCCAGGAAAUGCUGCACAUUGUCAUUUACCAGCAUCUUAUAGAAAGUAUAAAUAUGAAUCUACAAAUUUUCUUGGGUUCAAUAAUGUUACUUAUAUUUAUCAUAAAGUUGGCUUAUUCCAAAUCAUGUAAUUUCACAUACUUGAUGUAAAGGAAUGCAUGCAUUGUGUCUUAACCCCUUAAGUGCCUUGAGACGUCUUUGUAUGUCUAACAAAAAGGCACUCAUUUGACCCCAAUAGGAGGUAUGUAUGUAAAUUGUAUACUUAUGUUCUUCUGCAUUUUGAAUCAUCAGUUCACAUCGUUAAAUACAGCUUCUUGUAUUGAGAGUCACACAGUCAGAAGGUUAAGGCAAUUCUAUUUCUUUACUCAAUUACUGUACUUUGCCAUAAGAAUGAAAGGUAAUUUGUAUUCUACUGAGUGAGCACUGCUGCUAUGGAAUUGUUCAAUAUCUGCACAUUCCUUUCCCAAGGAACAAGGGUUACAGUUUAGCAGCUCAAAUAUAAAAAUACUUUAUUAUUUCAAUUUUAUAUUUAUUUUAUCUCUAACUUUAGAAAUGGCAUCUAACGUGCACAUGAAAGUAAAACAUUGAUACUCUAAAAUUAGAAUAGCUAACUGUGAUUUAGUUCUGCCACUAAAUUAUUACUCUUCAGAAUUUAUUUUGGUUCAGAUUAAGCUUUGAUCCCACUGAUCCUCCUAAUUGGGACACUUCAGACAAGGGUUGGAAUAUUGUUGACUUUUUUGCCAAAUGUAAUUCAUCAAUAAAUGAAAUGAGGAUCCUCUUGUCAUUUUUAUGAAUCAUUAAAUGACUACCGUUUGUAUAUACUUACUAAACUAUGAACAUGUUAAUAUGGCAAGUUUUGAUCAGCCCGGUGGAAAAUCUAAUUCCCUUUAAAAAUGUGUAUGUUUUCCUCUUCAAGUUUUUUAAGUCUGUUAUUUUAAGAUAGAACCUUUAAAAUUGCCCAGUUUUAAUAUAAAUAGAAAUUUGUUCACCUGUUAAAAUGUUCUAUUACACAGUUAUUUUAUAUGGUUUGGUUAAAGUAGAUUCAUUUCCUAGUAACUUCUGAAUAUUUAUGUAUGAACUUAAUAAAGCUUAGAGUUAAAUAGUAGACAUUUUAGAAUGUCAUUUAGUAUGAGGGGAGAAUGUAAAUUUUAAAAUCUUAAGUAAUCUGACUACUUAAGAAUAAGUAAUAAGAAUAAUCUUAAGAAAGCUUAUUACUUAGGUAGGAAUAAUUCACAUUACUUCAGAUAUUCAGAAUCCAUAAUAAUAAAUUUUAGGAAGCUCCUAAACACUAUAGCAAGAUGCCAAAUAAAUUAUUGUAUUAAAAUAUUUUUUUAAGGAAGAGUAAACAUUACCUUUAUGUCAAAGAAAAAUUCUCUUAUCUAUUUCUGGAUUUCACAGUCAAGACAGUAUAAUUUAGUAAAUAACUGUAGUUUUAUUUGAACAUUCCAUUCUCUAUUCACAAAAAAAGUACUUUAGGCUGCUAUUAACAUCAGGAUAGAUUAAAAAGUGAAAAAGUAAAAUCAAGUUGCAGGGCUGAGGGGUAUCUAUAUAAUUAAUACUGUUUUGGUAGUUGUUUUUUACCUGAAUUUAAAAAAGUCUGUUCUACUGUAUGAAAAUAUAUGUUUGUAUAGAUAUAAAUAGGCAAAUGUCAUAGUUGGCAUGUUCUUUAAUUUAGGGCUUUGUUUACACUUUUGAGAUUAACUGUAAUGAUUUGUUGGCAAUGAACUAUGCUGCCUUUUUAAUGCAAGUCUUUAGAUGAUAAUAUAUUAGAACCUAAGAUUUAAGUUCUCAUAUAUAUUUUUCAUCUGGGAACUAUCCUCUGUCAGUAUGUACAGAAAGAUCCCUUUUUAAAAGCAUAGUUAUUGAAAUCUUACCAUUUAAAAUAAAUUGCCCUUAAAAUGAAUAUUCUAGUUAUGUCUUACUUUUUACCCAACAAAUUAAACUAUCCCUAACAUUUAUGCCUCUUUUUUAGGGGGAGCAGGGGUGGGGAGCACCCAGUGUGGGAUGCUGGGGAUUGAACCCAGGUCAGCCGCAUGCAAGAUGAACCCCUAUCCGCUAUACUAUUGCUCUGGGCCCCACCUAAGCCCUUUUUUAAAAACUGCUAAUCAAUCUAACAAUAUUCUAGAAAUCCAGCUUUUAUAUACCAAGUAGUUUUAGAUUCCAUUCAUACCAAUGUAAUGUGAUUUUUAACAUGCCAAAUUACCCCUCUCCCCCGCCAUGGUGCCAGGGAUAAAACCCAGAGCCUCAUGCCUGCAAGACAAGUGAAAAAAUGCCAAAUUUCUUGUAUCUGAACUACUUUCUCCCAUCUUAAACCCUUGUCCUCACUCUCCACAUGUACAUACUCAAGAAAUCAAUGCUGAGUUUUCUUUUCUGAAAAGUGGAGAUAGAUAUUGAUGAUUCAAGAGUCUUUAAAUGCUAAGAAAUGUUUGUGAAAAGCUUUCUUCUCAUUUAAAAUUGUUUUACCAUGUUUAUUUCAAAUGUUCAUCUGAUGUGUAAGUACUGUAUGUAGGAUGAAGAAUAUUUUGAAAUGCACAUUCGGAAAAAGAAGAAUUGGUAAUAUGCGUUAGACCCAUACAUCCACUCAAACUAGAGGUAAAUAGCUUAAGAAAUAAUUUCUGUAAACCCCACUAGUACAAAUAGGAGAGGAAAGAGUGAUCAUUUUGAUUAAGUGUAAAGAGAAGAAAAUUACAUGAAAGCUGACUGUAAAUGUAUAGAAAGGUAUGCUCAACCAUUCGGACAGUUACUUGAAGAUUCCAAGUACGUGAAGAUACUUUGAGGUUUAUAUAUUUGUUUUGCAAAAGCUAGUGCUAAAAAACCUAGGGUAAAGGAACAUUUUAAUUGCAGAGUUGUACAUACUCUGUUGGUAGGUGUGCUUUGUUCUAAUCAAAGUUUAGCAAAAGAUUCCUUUCCCCUAAAGGUACUAUUAUUUGAGAGCUUAAAAGAACUUGAGAUCUUAAACAGUUUCAGCUUCAAUUAUUAUAAAUAAUAUAUGUGAAUAUUGGGCAUUGUGAAAUAGUUUAUUUCAGCUCAAGAGUUGAACUCAGGCAGCGUUUUCACUUAAAAACUAUGAUGAUCUUAGACAUUAGUUUAGAAGUUAAGUAGGCUUUUAAAAAAGGGGGCUGGGGAGGCGGCUCAAAUGAUAGAGCACAGCAUGCCUUCCUUGCAUCUGUGAGGCCCCAGGUUUGAUCCCUAAUACCACAUGGUCUGGGUGUGGCUCUGACAAUAAUUUAAAAAGUAAUGGUCCUUAUUAGGACCCCACUCAGUUUGCUAAUCAUGAUUCACUGAUAGAACAUAAGCUUUUAUAGAUUAUAUGCUCAUUUACAUGCCAUAAGGAAACAUUAAGAUGCAAACUUUUAAGACUUUUUAAAGAAGCACUUAAGACAUAGAAUUAAGACUUAGAAUAUACAUUCACUUGUAACCAAUAAUUUAUGUUCACAUAAACAUGUAGUAUAAUUACACCAUUACUUGUUUUAUAAUAUCAGAAAAGGAGAAGGAAACAAAAAAUUUAACAACGUUCUAUUAUCUCUUGAAUAUUUAAGAAAUAAUGACGGUUAUGUUGCCAAAGUAGUUUUGAAUUAUUUAUGUCGCAAUAAUGUGGAGUAUGUUUACAUUUCUUAUUUUAUAAGUAUUUUGUAGUUAAAUUUGCAUUUUAAGUUGCUUAGAGUAAGGUAUUUGUAAAAUUAUGAUAAAUAUAUGUUAGAAUAAACAUCUUGUAUGACAAAACAAAGAUAAUUUAUGCCACUGCUAUCUUUUAUAUAAGCUGCCAUAUCAACAAAAUAUAUCAGCAUUGCUUGCAUCCCGUUUCAGUUAUCCAACUACAGGCUUUAGAAAGGGAGGGGACUAGAAGGCAAGGGAGAGAGAAAAGUUUUAUUGAAGUUAUAUAGCUGUGUUGUUAAAACCCAGUGUUAUUUUUAAUCAGAUAUCAGAAUUACUGAUUUGUUGACAAGUAUUUAUUCAUGUCUAAGUGUAAGUAUCACAACGGAAUUUAUAGCAGUGUUUUAUAACAUUCUUAGAGAAUUGUAUUGCUGCAAUAAAAUUUGCAUAAUAAGAUAUAUUUGAGGGCUGUUAGUCAAUAACUUCAGCAGUUUUAUGUUUUAAAAAAUCCCUGAGAUUAGUUCCUAUAUUAUAUAUUUGGAAUUUACAUGUAUACAGGUAUUUCAACACAAAUUUGUAUUAUAUGCAGACUUCGUUGCUUUUUCCCAUUAAGUAUUUGAGCCACUCCCAGCAGCGCUUGGGACCAUGUGAUGUGGGGGAUUGAACCCAGGGCUCCUAUUUACAAAUGUUCUGACGCUCUUUGAGCCAUCUUCCAGCCCUGGUUUUUAUUGCUUCUUAAUAGUAAUUACAAUAAUUCUUUCAGUGUUUCCAAAAACAAGCAACCCCUGUUUCAGCCAGAAGUUAGACAUUUUAUUUUAAUAGCCUUGAUGAAAUUGUGGGUGGAUAUCAAAUAUGUAUAUCUGUUUCUAUUAUUAAAUGUGCUGCUAUUUACUGUGUGUAUGUUUUUCUAUGCAGUUUACUGUUAAUUCUCAAAGUGUUGUAAUCAUUGUUUUUAUUUUAGUAAUCCGAGUUAAAAGAGCAACCAGAAAUAUUACCUACUGAGUUGUAAUCGUCAACAUUGACUAGAUAUGAUUCAGUUCAUAAGUAAAUUAACCAUUUUUUUCUAAUUUACAGAUUUAAAGCAAUAUUGCAAGUUAAAAAUUACAGUCUUAGGAGGAAGUUCUACUGUUUAACUUCUAGAAAGAAACCUUUAAACUUUUUCAAUAUAAAAAUGAAAAUAUUUGAAAGCCUUGUUAUGCUCAUAAAAGUUUCAGCUUAAUGCUGUAGUUUUCCUGUUGUGUAAAUUAUACAAAAAUAUUUUUCUAUGGACUGAAAGAUUGAAGCUGUUAACUUUUACUUCAUUGUUUAAGAAGGAAACAAUGGUAUUUGUAUGUCUUUCAUGCUGUAAAAAAGAUGAAUGUAUCUUUCAAAUGCUACUAGAAUAAUAACUUGAUUCUAAAGAUACUCUUGUUUUGGAAAAAAGUCAUCUGGGUUAAAAAGAAAGAAAGGAAGAGUAUAUUCCACUUCAUUAUACAAAAUGCAGUUUUAGGAGAAAAUUAUUUUAAUAUAAACAUCAAUCAUUGAAGCAUAUAUGUAUUUACCACAAAGGAAAGUCCCCAUACUUGUCUUUUGUCAGGCACACAAGAAAACAUUGUGGGAGUGAUAAAGCCAGAAAAUUGUGCCUAAGAUCCACAACAGUAAAUAUGUACAGAGGCCCCUGACAGAUAGUUUUGCCUUUUAAUUCCCAAUAUCUUAGAGAAAGACCAUUAUUCCAAAUCUGACUUGUAGAAGUGGAGUCUUAAAUCCUUAAGGGCUUAUUAAUUCAGCUGAACACAAAAGCUCCCUGCAUUGUAAACCAGCUUCUUUAGGCAUGAUUCAUUCAGUGCCCUCUUUAAAUUGUAAUAUUUAUUAUCUUUCAUUAAAUGACUCAGUGGGGCCUUCAUUAUUCUGACUCCUACUUCCAUCCCUCUAACUUCUAAAAAAAAUAUCACUAAUUUUUUUUUACAAUGAGGUCUUUGUGAAGUAAACAUCUUAAACCGGCGUUUCUUAAACUUUUUCCACAUUUGCUUGCCCCUUUUGCUUAAGAAAUUGUUAGCAACACCAGACAGAUAGGUAUAUAAAGUAGGUAUACAAGUCAGACAUUUGCUAAUAAUAAAUCAUACAGAAAUUUAUUUUAAACACACCUUUAAAAUGUUGCAUUUUAACAUGAAGGGUUAUCACAGUUUAGGAAGCUAGACCCUAAACAGCUAUAAAUUGAUCUUCAUUAUUGUUAGUGUUCUUACAAGAGUAGUGUCAGGCUUCCCCUUCAUGCUGGAAGUUUUAAAUUUUUAGCAGAUAGAACUUGUGAUAAGCUUAAUAACUGCCUCAGCGUGCUUAUAAUCCUAAAAUCCAGGUGGACACUGGCUUGUGGUUUUCCCAUAUCCAUUUUGGUCAUAGCUGAGCUCAUUUCAUCCUUCACUGAAGGAACUUUUUAGUGUCUACUCCUGAAUUGUAGUUUUUAGUUAUUUGCCUUCCCAGGGAAGAAAGUUUCAACCUAAUCCUGCAGAUCUAGUAUCCAUUAUUUCACAUCCUUAAGUGAGUUGACAAGAUUAUUAAUUUUUCAUGUAUAAUGUAGAGUAGGUCAAACUUCAGUGCUCAAAUUGAUUUCUUGAAAUUCAAAUAGUAGCACUUUAUUUCAUACUACUGAGUUAAUUUAUAUGUUUAAAAGUAAAAUUUAUCCUAGGAGUUUUGUAAAUAUGGGGGGGGGAAAUGGACUAGUAUGUAGAGCUUAUGACCUGAUAAUUCUAUAUUUAAUUGGUAACUUGUGUGAUUUUUAGCUUUGCCAUUUUCUGUAAUUUAGUUACAACAACGGCUACCCAGUUGACUGGUCUUGCUGGACUCUUGGAUUCUCUCAACUAACAGAACUCCAGUCAAGUUUGGUUUAUUAUAGUUGUUUCUGCCUUUCCUUGUUUUUGUACUUUAUGUAAAUACUUGGAAAUUUGUUUAUUUUAUUUUGCAUUGUACCUUAUGAUUAGUCUGUACUGAACCACAAGUAAUUUGCAAGGGGCAAGUCCUGAUACUUGACACAUAUAUUGAGGGGCAGGAUUUAAGUUACUAAAACAGUUUACAUUAAGCUGUUUUCAUUUGUUGUCAUUAGACUAUAUGUGCUUUAAAAAUUAGAAACUGUCCAACCCAGUGUUCUGACAGUAUCAGCACAUUGCAGUUAUGAUCCCUGCUGUAGUCUUUUCAAAUAAGAAAAGCUUUAUUUUCUACAGUGUAGGCUUAAUUUAGGACAAAUACUUUACUAAAUACUCACCUAUGGUAUUUUUAGCAGUAUUUUUUUUUUAGUUAUUUCUAUGUAGAGGGUGUUUUAAUUUGGGUGGUUUUUUUUUCCUUUUCAGGUGCUAUAUAUAAGGAUAAAGGUCAAAGAUAAUAAGUCUAGCUAGUUUCCCAAUUAAAAUAUAAUUUUACAUUUUUGCUGCCAUUUCAUGUUUCAUUGUACUAAACAAGAAGCAAAUGGCAUUGACCUCUGAAUUUUUCACUUAACUCUCCUUCCCAGUAUCACAGAAAAUGUCUUUCUUUAUCAUUUGUUCCCUUGACUACAAGGCAAAAAAGCUUAGGGUUCAUUUAAAAACGUGUACACUUGAAUUUGAUCAAUACUGGAUAAUUUGAAAUCAUCACUGCAUUUGUCACUGCAAUUUGAUAUGUGUUCUAAGACUUGUAUAUUUGUCUUAAUCUCAGUGAAAAAUUAGGGUUACCAAAAUUAACAUAAAAAGUACAACAUUGUCGGAAAAAUGCUGAUUUGAAUUUAAAUUGUUCUAAGCUGAAAAGCAGUUCAUGAUAUGUGAAAUGCUGUUGCAGUUUUGCUGACCAUAGUAUUAUUAUUUUUAUUAAGAAAUAGCUGUUCAGGUACAAACAUGACAAAACUUGAGCUGUGACUUUUAAUUGUUCAGUUACAAAAUAAAGAUGAGCUGUAGUAAUUUA